UCCCACUUGGUGUUCGACAAGUUUACGGCAAUUCAGUUCAAAUCGUAACCGUGACAUCGCCAGUAGUGGCCAGUACCGCCACACGCUGCGGAUUUAAACCAGUUCACUACUCAAUUGCGUGAAAUAUGAAGUGCCCGAUAUUUAUUUUACUUAUUGUUCUUGCGAUACAUGAUAAAAUCAACGCUUUCGACCACAAAAAAAGGCUCGUACAUAUCAAAGUAAAAGAAAAUAUACAACUGAAGAAACAGCUACAAUACCAUCCGGACAUACUCCUGAAUUUCACAGAACGCCUGCAAAAGUAUGGAUACCCUUCAGACGUGCACACAACUGUCACUGAAGACGGGUAUAUUCUGAAAGUGUUUCGUAUACUCAAGCGGCCUCACUGCGAGACGACGAAGAAGCCCCCUGUCCUACUUCAUCACGGGCUGUUUGUGAACUCCAUCUCGUACACAGAUGCUGGUCCGAAGGUGGGCCUGGCGUACCUGCUGGCCGACGCCUGCUUCGACGUCUGGUGCAGCAACUCGAGAGGCACCGAGUUCUCCCGAAACCACACCAAGUUGGACCCCGACAAAGAUCCCGAGUUCUGGCAGUUCUCCUUCCACGAAAUUGGACUCUACGAUCUCAGCGCCUUCAUAGAUUAUAUCAUUAAAGAGACCGGCAGCCCUAAAGUGAACUAUGUGAGCCACUCGCAAGCCGUGCCGCAGUACAUGGCACUGGCGUCAUUGAAACCUGAAGUCAUGGAUAAAGUAGGGCUGCUAGUGGCCAUGGCGCCGGCAGUGUUCGUGGAGCACUCCAGAAGCCCAGUGCUGACAACCCUGGCGAAGCAUUUCGAGCAAUUCGUGUUGAACUUGUUCAAUACGCUGAGGAUUCAAGAGAUAUUGUACACCAAAUCGCCGGUCAAUGAGGUGCUGCAGUUCAUGUGCAGGAAGAAGUUUGCGCAACGAGCGUGCAUCGAGCUGCUCGAGACAUUCUUCGACGGAAGACACAGGAACUCGGUCACACAGGAGACCUUCGAGAUAAUAUUCGGCCACACCCCCGACGGGGUCAGUCUGAAAAACCUCGUGCAUUUCUCACAGCUGCUGAACUCCAGAAAGUUCCAGCAGUAUGACUAUGGGGAAAAGAGGAAUAUGAAAACUUACGGGGCUAAAAAACCUCCGGAAUAUGAAUUGAAGAAGGUAACAACUCCUACACUGUUGAUUUACGGUGAAAACGACCACCUAGUGAACGCCAGUGAUGUGAGAAAGUUAGGUAGAACUUUGCCGAAUGUGGUAAAGCUGUACCGAAUUGAAGACACUAAGUGGAAUCAUCUGGACUAUUUAUGGAGCAUUCACAUUCCAAAGUUACUUUUGCCUGAAAUUGUUGAGUGGUUGAAUAAAUAUUCCAUUUAAAUGUU